CGACGUCUCUGGAUUCAGGUUCGGAUUAUUCGUGCACGCCGCUGUGCCGCUUACCGCCCGUGACACGGAUGCUCGUACGGUGUCCGUCUCUGCAGCCAACGCACGUCUCCUGUCGUCUCGUCCUCGUCUUCCUUCCUCCUCCCCAAUCGGCAACCGCGGAUUCCUCCUCGAUAGAUCCGGCAGGCGCACAGGCGACGGUCUCGAGCUGCGACAGAAGGCGCCAUGGGGCUCUGGGACUCGCUCCUCAACUGGCUCCGAAGCCUGUUCUUUAAGCAGGAGAUGGAGCUCUCCCUGGUUGGCCUACAGAAUGCUGGGAAGACAUCUCUAGUCAAUUCAAUUGCUGUACGCAUCAACUCAUACAACUUAAGCUAUGCAACAAUUUUUUUCUUUGUUGUCCUGAUAUUCAUUCAUGGCUGCUAUGCUUCUCAGACCGGUGGAUACAGCGAGGACAUGAUUCCAACUGUAGGCUUUAAUAUGCGGAAAGUCACCAAGGGAAAUGUCACAAUUAAACUUUGGGAUCUUGGAGGGCAACGUAGAUUCCGGACUAUGUGGGAGCGCUACUGUCGUGGAGUUACGGCUAUUCUAUACGUUGUCGAUGCUGCUGACCGGGAUAGCGUUCCGAUUGCUAAAAGUGAAUUGCAUGACCUGCUGACAAAACAAUCUUUAUCUGGGAUCCCCUUACUUAUCCUUGGCAACAAAAUUGACAAGUCAGAGGCACUUUCUAAGCCGGCAUUAGUUGAUCAACUAGGCCUGGAAUCUAUAAAGGACCGUGAAGUUUGCUGCUACAUGAUCUCUUGCAAGGACUCGGUGAACAUAGAUGUUGUCAUUGAUUGGCUCAUCAAGCAUUCCAAGACUGCAAAUUAGGGUUGCUGUGUGUUUGUGCCCCCUUCACGUGUGCCGAGAUGAAUUUAGUUUGCACAUCUCCGUUCUCAUGAUCUGGAAGGUGAUGUAAAAGGUGACAGCCUUGUAAUCUAUGAUACAUCUUUGGUGUCACUGAGGAACAGUAUGGAGUUUGACACUUGGGCCUCAAAAUCUGUAAUGCUCUGUAAAUUCCUUAAAUCUUUGAUUGUUCUUUUGUGUGCA